GCGGGCACGCUGUGCGACGUGGCGAUCCUGGUGGACGGGCAGGAGUUCCGCGCGCACCGCACCGUGCUCGCCUGCACCAGCAAGAUGUUCGAGAUCCUCUUCCACCGCAACAGCCAGCACUACACGCUCGACUUCCUCUCGCCCAAGACCUUCCAGCAGAUCCUCGAGUACGCCUACACGGCCACGCUGCAGGCGCGCGUCGAGGACCUCGACGACCUGCUCUACGCCGCCGAGAUCCUCGAGAUCGAGUACCUGGAGGAGCAGUGCCUCAAGAUCCUCGAGACCAUCCAGGCGGCCGACGAGCCCGACGCCGAGGCGCCC